CGUCGUCGUCGUCGUCGUCGUCGUCGUCGUCGUCGUCGUCGUCGUCGUCGACGUCGUUGUCAUCGUCGUUCUACCAGCCGUUCUGGAGACGACGAGAGCAGUGACCGCGCAAGGUCGACCUCGAGGCAGAGGCACGCGAUUAUGGUGCACCAUCAUCAUCGUCGCCGCGGCCUCCAGGCAGCCCACCACUGUGCCAUUGGGAGUCGCGCGGGCACACGCAUCUCGCUCUUCCAGGUUUUCCUGCUGAUCCUUAGCCUCUGGCUGCCCGUACUCGAUAACGGUGGCCUUGCUCUGGCGUGCGGACCCGGCAGAGGCGCCGGCCGACGGCCGAAUCAGAGGAGGCUCACCCCUCUGGUCUACAAACAGCAUGUGCCAAAUGUCAGCGAGAACACCUUACCGGCAAGCGGGCUCGGCGAGGGACGGGUGUCUAGAUAUGACCCCAGGUUUCGAGACCUGGUACCCAAUUACAACACGGACAUCAUUUUUAAGGACGAGGAAGGCACCGGCGCCGAUCGUCUCAUGACACAGAGGUGCAAGGAGAAACUCAACACUUUGGCGAUCUCGGUGAUGAACCAAUGGCCCGGAGUGAAGCUGCGGGUGACCGAGGCCUGGGAUGAGGAGGGCCACCACGCGACAGAUUCCCUGCACUACGAGGGACGGGCCGUCGAUGUUACGACGAGCGACCGCGAUCGCUCCAAGUACGGGAUGCUGGCGAGGCUCGCGGUUGAGGCUGGCUUCGACUGGGUCUAUUACGAGUCCAGGUCGCACAUACAUUGCUCCGUCAAGUCUGAAUCGUCUUCAGCGGGCAAGUCCGGCGGCUGCUUUCCCGGGAAGAGUCUGGUCCGAACGGAGGACGGCAGCACGAAGAGGCUGGACGAGGUGCAUCUCGGCGAGCGUAUCGCCGCUCUUGACUCCCGUGGCGACGUCGUGUACAGCGAGGUGAUCGCCUUCCUGGACCGUUCUCCAUCCGAGAGGAGACAGUUCAUCCGCCUGACGACCAAGUCCGGUCGAGUGCUCACGUUAACGCCAGCGCAUCUGGUGCCGGUGGAGGGUCGGUCGUCGGUGUUUGCCGCCAGCGUGCAACCCGGCGACCGCAUCCUCGUGGGUGACACCGACGCGGCGAGCGCGGCGAACGAGGUGGACAAUCGUUUGCGAUGGGACAGCGUCGUAGAAACGAAACUGGUCCUCGAGGAGGGAGUCUACGCCCCGCUCACGAUGGAAGGUACCCUCCUCGUAGACAAUGUCGUCGCGUCUUGCUACGCCGUGGUCAACAGUCAGUCGGUGGCGCAUUACUCCUUCCUGCCUCUGAGGAUCUGGCACAGCAUAAGAUCCUUUUUCCUGCAAAGGCUGGACGAUCCGCAACACCUCGAGGCGAGACAUAGCAAUACUUCCGCAACAGAGCCGACGACAGGAGGAGAGCAGGACGGCGUCCACUGGUACGCGUCGAUGCUCUAUUCGUUCUCCUCUUACGUGCUACCGUCGAAGAUGCUCUACAACUGAGUUCUCCGAUAAGAACAAUGCACCUCGUGCUCCGAGCGAAGUGUCGAGUGAAUCAUCGAGGACAAGCUCGAGUGUUGGGCGCAAAGUUCUGAAGACUAUUCGGAGCCACGAAACAAUGUUGAUUAAUCAUCGAGACGUCGUCCUGUCUCUCGGGACUUUCUUUUUUAUGAAUCGUUGUCGUGGAUUCCGGUUACACACAUGCCGUUGCAGACAGUUAACGUAUGUUAUAUGAUCGCGGGGUCUCUGUUGUAACAAAAUGCGUGUAUUUAAUGCGUGGAACAAAAGACGUCGUCGUAAGCGAAAGACAUAAGUUGGCCAGUGACCUACCAGUGUUCACCGAAUGACGUGUAGUAUAUUAGAUCCUAGAACAAUAGAAAAAUAGAAAAUGGAAAGCAGUUUUUUUUAUAGGAACAAUUGGGAUUGUUCUCUUUAUGUUUUAAAUUUGUGUACACAAUAUACUGGCAUACAGAUAUUUCUUCUUUAUUCUUUUAGUGUUUGCGAAUCGUGUGCGUCUUGUCCGGUAUACUUGUUUCUGAGAUGUCAAAGAGAAUUUGCCUUUGCGUCGCGGAAAAAGUGUGUAAGAUAAUUAUCGACUGUUCUAAUGUAAUAUUAUUCCAAACAAUCUUCAUGUACGUUCUGCGAGAAAGCGUCUAUAUUUAAUUAAUUGUUGAAAUCAUAAUUAAUUUAAAGGAACGAAGUCUGUUUUCCCUCCUUUCUCUAACGAAAAGGGGGGUGUAGUCUACUUUUCUUUUCAUUCUACAUUGCUUGUAUCCUAUAUAUAAUUUAAUAUUGUUUUUUUCGAAAUUGUAAUUGUAGGUAAUUAUAGGCCUACUCAAUUUUAAUUGCACUUUCUUUCUUUCGAAAUAUAGUCGGCACAGAUUUCGGCUUUGAAGAGAAAUGAAAGAAACAAUGUGCAAAGAAGAUGCGGCUAAAAAAAGUACAUAAACCGUAUAUAUUUAUUGUCAUUAUCGAUUGUCACAGCAACUAUCGAGUGUACCGCUGUAUAAUAAUGUUAAAUCGCGUUGUUCUCGCCGUGUCAUAUUUUUAACGAUAGUCAAUUAUAAUCAACAUGUUAACAAAAGUGAAUUAAUUAUUUUAAUAAUAUAAGAAUUAUUUUUCAUUAGGAAACAUAACUUAAAUUAUCAUCGAAAUAUUAUAUAUAAUUAUAUAUAUAUUAUAUAAUUUUAUGUAUAUUCUAUUAUACAU